AUGCCAGCGAGAUCGGAAAAUACAAGCCGCGGUACUAAGCGAAGCGCCACGACAUCUGAAAGCUUGUCGGAGGCACAUAACAGCCACAGCCACAGCACUGGAUGGGAAAGUCGAGCAAGUAGCACAGCGAGCGAUCGUUCUGGAUCCGAGAAUGUCAAGUACGAAAGAUUGGAUAAAGCUGGGACAGGCUUUCUAUCCGACGUUCAUGUAAAUCUCCAGUUAGAUACCUAUAUCGUGUACUUCUCAACGUUCUUGAAGGUUUACAGAAAGAUCGUCGAUGGUGAACCUCGUGAGAAAGUUGCUGUAAAGCAAGAUAAACCAGAAUGGGCCCAUCGCUCGGCACAAGAGAAUGAAUGGAAAGCUCUCGAGAUCUUGAAACAGAGGUUGAACGAUUCGGCGUUCGAAUUCAUCAUGAAAUUUCAUCGGAAGCAAACUAUUAAUGAAGUCCCUAGUUUGAUACUUGAGUACCUUGAAGGUGGUGACAUUCAAGACUAUGUGGUCCACGCACCUCCUAGCGAAGAGAAAGAAAGAAAUGUAGCGGGAUGGAUAAGAGACGUGCUAGUUGCGCUUGUUUUCAUCCACUCCGCGGAUGUUAUUCACAGGGACAUUAAGCCAGCCAACACGGUGCGCACAGACAAGGAAGGAAGUCGAGUCAAACUCGUUGAUUUUGGAUCUGCUGGACGUUUGGAAGGCCCUGAUAGAACAUCAAUUUCACGUGGAUCGUUCGAAUAUCGCAGCCCUGAGGGUCAUCUGUCCAACCCGAUAACUGAAAAAGCAGAUAUGUUCACGCUUGGGUCAGCGACGUACGAGAUGCUCACGGGCAAACAAGCAUUUCCUCGUCGUCCUGGAGAGGGUCUGCGGGACGUAGCAAUGUUAGAUAGGAUCCAGAACGAAGAGCCAUUUUAUGAUCCCGCCGCGUUCGGUAAUUAUUCUCGGGAAGCUCUGGCGUUCACUAAAUAUCUGUUAUUGAAGAACCCUGACGACAGGCCAGAUGCGAUGAAGGCUCUAAGUCAUGAGUGGUUCAAGAAGUUCGAUAUUGAUCCGAUAGUCAAGCUGGGUGACUCUUGGUGGCUGAAAGAUGAGUGGAAGGCAGCGAAGCAGAACCUCAACAAGGCUAUACAGGAUCCUAAGAAAGCGUCGACGUUUCCGCAAGAUGGUGUUAAGUCCACAUGUGCAGAUAAAAAUGCGUAA